UCGUGUCGGAUUGCCCUCCCAUCGGGCUAUGAGAGUGAAGGAAUAGUGAGUGCACCUGUGUCUGCGCAAAUGCUUGUGCACUAUAAUAUGUUCUGCGCAGUUGGCUAAUCUCCUUACUGAGAACUAGAAUAACAUAAAUAUUUUGGGGGCUCGCAUACAACAAACGUGAUUUUUUUGCUAAUUUUCUAAGUAAUGGUACGGUACCCUUCAUGUGCGAUUCCGACUCGCACUUGGCCAAUUUUAAAAAUUGUUUAUAUAGCGAGUUAUGACUGAACCGUAAUCAGCCGUAUUACAGGCAGAGCCGGCGUCGGAAGCGGCGGUGCGCACCGCUUUCUAAAAGUUUUCAUAUUUACAAAACAUACAUCGAGUGUAUUUUUUUUUUAAAUCUAACGGCAAACACGGUCGAAAAAUACGCAAUAAAUCCCAGUGAAAAAGAAGUGAAUGAAUAAAAGUUUUUCAAAAUGUUUCAAAUUGUGUGGAUUUUGUUAAUUCUAAUGUGCCAAUGUGUUUUGGGAAGUAAACAGUGUUGUCCGGCAGGACAAGCAAUUCUCAUAAGAAGUGAUGUUUGUUGGGAUCCUAAAACCAAUGUUACUUCACCGGUGUCUUUGUCGUGUAAAAAUACCGCAAGGUUUAUAAGAGGCUUUAAAGUUAAUGAGGCUGAUGCUCUAGAGCUACAUCUUGGAGAUAAUUUUGAUGAAACAUUUGAACCAGACAUGUAUUGCUUGAGCGUGACUACUAACCGAUUUGACAUCAAUUUAAAUAAAACAAGGCCCGUUUCGAUAGUAUGUGCUGGUGAAGAUGAAGAAAUUAUCGAUCAGAGAAUACUGGGAUAUACUAUGAUUAUAUCCAUUAUAUUUUUGACAGCCACAGCCCUCAUAUACGGGUUAUUGCCGGAAUUAAGGGACGUUCAAGGGAAAAGUAUUAUCAACUUUUGUAGCAGCCUGGCUAUUGGCCUCAUGGUUCUUGUUAUCAUGAAACUUAUGGUUUACAGUGAUAUGGGCUGGUGUGCGGCUCGAGGAUUUUUGGUGUACUUCUUUAUGAUAGCUGCAUUCUUCUGGUCUAAUGCUAUAUCAAUACAAGUCUUAUUAAGCAUAAGACGUCCCACUAUUUUGGACUAUGGUUGGAGAGAGUUCAAGUGGUAUAUGGUAUACGCAUGGGUUUGCCCGGCUCUCCUAACAAUAUGCAUGGCCAUAGUGAACUUUCACCCGGGUGAUCACACAAAGCCGGGUAUCGGGCUAAACCACUGCUGGUUCUUCAAUAAAUACCAACAAUGGUAUUACAUGUAUAGUGUUAUCUCCAUACUGCUGACGGCCAAUAUUUGCAUAUUUAUUUACACAUCAGUGAUGAUAUGGCGCCUAUCACUUUCUUCGAGCCACGCAAGAGCACUGAAGUACAAGUUCGUGAUGACCGUGCGACUCAUUAUACUUAUGGGGCUGCCAUGGGUGUUUGAAAUGAUUGGCUCAUUGGCGGGAAAGCAUAUUAUUUGGACCAUACUGGAUAUAUUCAACACCCUACAAGGAAUACUGAUAUUCCUUUUGCUGGUCGUUUUUCGUAAACGUGUGGUAAAAAUUAUGUACAGACAUGGCUGGCUAAACUGCAUGUCAGAAUUCAUUGAGAAAUAUCUGGCGACAGAAGAUGACGAAGAGAACGUUGUUCAACAUACCGACGUGCCAUUGAACGACCGGACCAUCAUAUCUUGAUCCUGACUUAGACUUACUGGCCACUGAAGUAAAGCAAGCCUGCGAUGCAAUAGCAUGAAGAGAUAGAAGUGCACUGAUAGCAUUGAUUUUGUUUGAAUUUCAAUGUGAUGGUACUUUUUCUUCAGUUGAUAGGCAACAUUAUUGAGGGAAACGUCUCGGACAUAAAAUCAGUAUUAUUUAUUUACUUUAGACAGACCUAUUAUUUAUGUCUUUUUUUAAUGUCUAGGUAGGUAAUUGCCCCUGAGGUGGUGUCUGUAUUUCAUAGUACAGACUAGCUAUCUAUUAGCGGCCAAAAUAAGAUCAUGAAACAUAUAAAGAACGCGUUGCAUUCACACAUAGUUACAUCUUCAGAAAGAUUUAGUAACUAAAAAGUUAUUUUAGGCUAGGUUAAUAUGAGAAGAAUUAAGUGUUAUAAACAUAACCCACAAUUUUUCAACCGACUGACAGCAUUUACUAGACAUUGACUCCAAGGCCGGUACACCUAAAAAUAGUUUUUUUUUUUCUUUUUAGUGUUUUGAGAAUAAAUUUCUUUUUUAUUGGAUUUUUUUUUCAGUGUUAGUUUGUCAGAGUUUUUGUUAGAGUGAUACUACAAUCAUACUGAACAAUUUGAUUAGUUAAAUUUCAUCCCGAAAAGUACGAUGAAAGGUAAGAAUAAGAUAAGCCAAUGCAAUCGUCAAUCUAGUCGAACCCUUAGUCUGAUAAGUUUUUAAUUAUAUGUAGAUAGAUAGGCGUACUUUAUUAGGUACACCAAUUUUUACAUUUUUGAUCUUAAAGUAAGUGACAUAAUGGGUGAUCGUAUAGCUAAAAGCGAUUUAAUUAUAAUUGAAUGUCUGUAAGUAAGUAGUUUGCUAGGGUAAGACUUACAUAAACCUAUGUUUAAGAAUUUCGAUUUGUUCAAAGUGAUAAUAACAUACAAAUACAAUAUUGUUCACUUAAUUAUUUAGGUUUGGUUCGAAGAACCUGCUAGAUUAGAUGAAAAAUAAACGUGAAUAAAGAUUUUGUCGGUAACAUACAAUUCAAUCAUCCUUGAUUCUGGAUUGCUAAUCACUGGAUUACUUGUCAGCCCGGGACUUUAUUAUAGUGAUUUAUGUUAAUGCUUUAGUUAUAGGUAAUAUAUGCGUUUAUACUUAAUUCAUAAGUAGCUUAUAAGAAGAUUCUAUUUUUUGAUAUUUUUUGUGAUGUUGAUUAUACUUACUUUUUUUAUAUACACCUACUCUGUUUACAUGUUUAAAUAUUAAUUAUAAAAAAGAAACAUGUCCCACUGGCAUUGGGAACAUGGUCUACGCUACCGGCGGUCAGGACUCCAUAGACAGACCUCCUGACCUGAACCAAGGGGCUUGAUCCGACCGUCUAACGAGAGCCUCUCUAGGUAUAAACCGAGGUUCUUGGCUAUUGAGCCAUUGGCUGAAACAACUAACAGCCACAAUGAUUGCAGAAUCCACACGCCAAAUGUUGACAAUCUCGUGAACUAAAUCCAGAUAUUUAAGUUGUUUAUCUUUUCCAGCUUUCAUGAGGUUCUCAUCAUGUGGCACGGUGACGUCUAGAAUCAUUGCACGGCGCUCUAAUCGAUCUAUCCUUCCUACAUAUAUCAGGCUUAUUAGCCAUAACAGUCUGAUCAGUGAUAAGAGAUCGAUCUCAGUACAAUGUGACCAUUUUUGAGAACUGAGUCGGGCUCAUACCGAUAUCCGAUUUCAGAACCAUGCAGGGCCUGAUAAAAAUGUUGAUUUAUCUUUACUAAAGUAAGAAAGAGGAAACAUAUUUUUGUUUGUACCUUAAAAGCUUCGAAACUACUGCUUCGAUUUGAAAAAAUCUUCCCGAGUAACAUAGGCUGUAUUUUAUCCGGAUACGGGUAGUAGUUCCCUACGAACACAAAAAUACGGAUAGAUAAAUGUGUUAAUAUUACCUAAUUAAUAAUUAAGUAAGUUGAACGUUUAAAUAUCAGUGUUGUAAAUUAUAAUAUUGUAGGAUGUUUGAUUCAUGAAAUGAUGUUUUAGCUGUGGAAAUACCGUAGUUGUUAUUUUCGCAAUAAUUUAAAAUGUAUGUUGUUUUCAUAACUAUAUGUAAGGUUUAAUUAAUAGGCAUAACUUAUUGUUGUAACUAUUUGUACGCUUCGGAUUGUGCCAUACAUAUUUUAAUGCGAUACACUUUUUAAACAGGUAUUCAUAUUCAUAAUUUUGCUUUUAAACACACAUUAAAUCUAACAUUAUACUUACAUAAUAAUUUUUUCCUGUGUUAAUUUUUACUCAAAAUUAUUAGGUAUUUAAGUUAAGAAAUAAGUAUUAGCUAGAUAUGAAUGGAAUGGGUUCUACUAAAUGAACACUUUGCGUUAUCUGUACUUGAAUGUCGAGUUUUAGGGUGAGUUAAAAAGGUUCUAAAAUGUCCAAUACGAUAUAGCGACCUUUUAUUUGUUGCUUUUGCAUCCUUUUAUCGAAUCACACGUAACCCAGUACGCAUGUGUGUAGAACGUUGGUUGAAGUAGCUUCAAAAAAAUAAGCUGGACUUAUUGUUAAUUCUUUCUUUCUUUUUAUUUUGUUUACUGUGUGUACUGUGUACAAAAAUAAAUCAAUUAAUUAAA